AUGUCACAGUAUUCCAGCGGCCACUACCAACGAUCCCCACCCCAGCACGGCCAGCAAGAUCAGUAUGGGCGAUAUCAGCAGCCGGGCCAGAAUGGAGGACACCAGCAGCAGCCAUCUGCUUACCCGCCAGAGCAGCAGCCGCCUACCCAAUAUUCCUACCCAGGCCAGCCCGCCUACAACCCUCCAUACCCCGGAGGAGGUGCCGUUCAGCAGCCUCAGCCUGGUUAUGCCUAUCAAGAAUACUCGCCCAGAAACGCAAGCUACCCUGGAGGCCACCAGCCGCAACAUCCCCAGCAGUAUGACCCUCAGAACUACGCCCAGCCUGCCCGCUCACCUCCUCAACCGUCCUACAAUCCUGCCGCGUACGCUUCAUUCACCCAGAGCGGACACCAGCCAUCGCAGUACAGCACUGCCGCGUAUGCCGAAGCGCCAUUGCACGGCACGAGUGGCCCAGUAGACCCGUACGCAUACUCGCCAGGCAAUUACACUCCAGCGAGCACCUCUUCGCAUUCUGCUUUCUCUCCUCACUCGCAGUAUGGGCAGUCGCCUCAUCAAGGAUACAGUCCGCAACAACCGCAAUACAACUCUCAGACCCCAGCAGAUCGAUAUAGUUAUGCGCCAACGCAAAGUCCCCCGCCAGCCCAUUCGCACUACUACACCCCGUCUGUUUCUCAGGCUUCUGGCGUUCCCUAUCCUACUGCUGUGCCGCCUUACUCAGGCUCCGUACAUGUUCCUUAUCCAUCUGCUGGUGCUGGUGGACCGGAGCACUACUGGUCACCCCGUCCUCCAGCACACAUCGGUCUUGGUCAGUCUCCGUCAACGAAUCAGUCGGGCAUGUCUCCGCCGAGCUCUACCCCUGGUCCCACGCCUCCCGCGCACGGUUCCCUGCCUGUCCGGUCUAACACAUGGGAUCGACAUCCACAAGACAGGCCGUUACCUCCUCAGCCGGGCACUGACUUACAUUCUGACUAUUUUGAACACUCUUCGCGUCCCGGAGCGUCUGCGAGAUAUAACCGAGAUGACGACGACGAUCCGGAUCAGGAAGAUCUAUUUGAGGAUAUAGAGAACGUACUCUAUGGGAACCCCCGCGCUUCCCACAGUCCAUCUAUAGCCAUCAGUCAGGCACCUUCCGCGCCUCCAUUCAGCGCUUCGCGGAUCAGUGAGAGGUCGACGAACGGUGUUAAUGGCCACCUCUCACCAGUACCUCAAAGCGCCGCGCAUCAGCCGGCCUACGCCAGCGAUAGCGACGCCGAGGCAGCCCAUGGAAACGCAAUGAUGCGCGAACACGAAGCACGAGAGCGACUCGAGAAUGAAAGGCCUAGCUCGGGUCAGCUCCCAUUCAAUGGCCUUGGGGGCUCUCAGGGACCAUCGCGAACUCCACAUACAGACGGCAGCGACAGUGAAGACUAUGGCUUAGUGGAUGUGGAUAUAUCUACAUUUGGUGGCGGCGAAGGCAUCCAUAUCACUUACGGCGGCAACCCGAAUCAGCUCGUCGCUGGCGGCGAGGUCUAUAGUCCAGCGAACAGCCAACCGGUCUCCAGCCAGCACAGCUCAAUGCGCAGAUCUCACGCUUCACAAUCGUCGCAGCUGAGCCGGAACUCGUACGAUCACCGAUCAGAGUCCAUACACCCAUUCCCGCCAUUCAACCCGGCCGCACGUGUUGAAGUGGGAGGCACUGGAGGCCUUGCCGAACCGAGCGCCAUCGGGCGCCGACAGAGUUACGAUGAGGGCGACGAAUACUCCCUGAUGGAGAGCCACUUACCAGAACGAUUCCCUGACGAACCACCAGAUAUUCCCUACCAUCAAGCGAGCUCCUCCUUUCCCUCACGCCCUCUACCUGCAGUUCCGUAUCAAGACAACAAAACGCCUCCUGGAGCAUCCAAAGCAUUGCCACCGCUCCCAGGUCAAGGGCCCAAUCCAAGCGCACCGGAUGCCUACAUGAUCAACGCUCAAGGGCAAUAUGUUCCACGAUCAACAUCUUUGAUCAGCCACAGCAAUACACCUCAAGUGAUGCAGCCUCUACGUUCGAAAACAGACGCGGAGGAGAGAAGGAAACAGCAGGCACGACUGUCAGGUCUCUCCACAAUUGACUCAACACCUGCCAGUGGCAGUAUGCUCGUGGAUCUCCCAGCCAUUGGAAAGCGCUUCUCUCCGUCGAAACUUGGGGCACCGGACUUCAAAAAGUGCAUUGAACCUUGGUCGCUAAUGUCUUUGCUGAAAUGGCUGCUCCAAGUCACCAGUCCGGAGCAAAAUACCGAACUGAAAGAGGCCGAUAUCAAAGAAGCCCUGGUUGCACUCUUCACCAACAAGGUGCCUACCAUGAACAUCGCGGACGCGGAAGGCUUGAGCUGCAGGGUGGUGGAAGACAUGUACGAUGCCGGAACUCUCGUCACCACCGAGGAAUGGGUCAGACUUGUGCCCGGCUACAUCUCUGGAGUGAUAUUUCAGCUCAGCCAAGCCGGAUGCUAUUCGCCCACUGUCCACAACCACAUCAUUCCGAACAUGCGCUGUUACUCUCAUCUUUGUCAACGAACGCUCAAGAAGAUCAAUCUCCAAACGCACUCGUCACGCUCGGUAGCAGACUGGGCUGGGUACUACAACCUGAAGAAGGAAGACGUCGACGGCAAGGACAAGAAAGAGAUCGAGAAGCAGAACGUCCUGCACGAAGUUGUGACGACGGAAGAGAAGUACAUGGAUGAUCUUGAGGUGCUGCAAACGCUCUACCGGGAUCAACUUGCGCGGGUAGAACCUUCUGUCAUCACGCCAAAGCGGAAGGACAAAUUUCUCCGGGAUGUUUUUGGCCGUGUGGAUCCCAUCAAACUGGCGAACGAGGAGCAUCUCCUUCCACAGCUGAAGUAUCGGCAAAUGGAACAGGGACCCUGGAUCGUGGGCUACAGUGACAUCUUCAGGCAGUGGAUUCGCAAAGCCAAGGCUGCCUAUGUGGAGUACGCCAACGACUUCCCUCGGGCGGAUUACAUGGUCAGGCAAGAGAUGGAACGCAACAUCGAGUUUAAAUUGUUCGUCGACAGAGCCCAACGGGAUAAGAAGUCGAGUAGGCUUGCAUUCGACAGCUUCUUGAAGUCUCCAAUUACUCGACUGCAGAGGUACCCACUGCUGCUUAGUCAGAUUUCGAAGACUAUGAAGGACGGCACUGCGGAGAAGGCGAAUCUCAUGAUCGCGGUCGAAGAGGUCAAGGCAGUCGCAAUGGAGUGUGACACUCGGGUCGCGGAGCAGCAGAGGAAGAUUGACAUGUCAGACCUAGGACACAGACUGGUCCUACGGCCAGGUAUGGAGAAGGAAGUCGAACUUAAUCUGGAGCACUUCGGACGUGCCUUGAUCCACAGGGGUGACUUGCAACGCAUGGGCAGCAACCGCUUCACUUGGCUCGACUGCCACGCUAUACUCUUUGAUCACUACAUGAUCAUUGCCAAGAGCGUAGCUCAAAGGACCAACGAGGGCGGCAAGCGAGACAUGUACGACGUGUCGAGGCUGCCUAUUCCGAUGGAUCUGCUCAUAGUGGACAGCGCAAACGAUCCACCUGUGCAGAAGUCCAGUUACAUCAAAGGCAUUACAUCCGUCCGUGAAGCCGCGGGCAGAAACACACCCUCAGACCCUGCAGCGCUUGCUAGAACGCCUUCCAACCAAUUUACAGGACCGGGCACCUUGGCGCAUACCAACACGGCAGCUUCCUCAAAUUCGUUGACGGCUGUAACUUCACUCGGAGAGGGAAAGGAUUCUGAUCGCAUACUGUAUCCCUUCAGAAUAAAGCAUCUCGGUCGCGACACGUACACAUUGUUCGCUCUUACAGAACAAGCAAGGAAAGAUUGGACAACGAAGAUCAUAGAAGGCAAGACAAAGCAUGCUGCUGCUUUGCAUGCCCAGAAUGCAGAACCCUUCCGCCUGAGGGUCAUGGCCGACUCUGCUUUCGUGUAUGAUGCAUAUGCGGGCAGCGGUAAAGGAGUACUGAUCAAGGGAACACCUAUGGACCGAGCGAUCAAGGACGUCGAACACCGUUUCAAGGACACGGGACGACCAGGCCCAGUCUGCCGAGCAAGGGUCAAUUGCGCCACGAGCUUCACCACACCAUAUCCGGGCAGGCAGAUGGUUGCUAUCGGCACCGAAUAUGGUGUCUUCGUGAGCGAGCUGGACAACCCUCGCGGCUGGAUCAAGGUCAGUCUAGUAUAUCGCCAUCUCGUAGAUCAAUUCGCUCACCGAUAAACAGGCUAUCAAUAUGUCGCGCGUGACACAAGUCGCGGUCUUGGAAGACUUCAAUCUCUUCCUACUGAUCUCUGACAAAUCGCUCAUAGCAUACCACCUGGAUGCCAUCUGCCCAAGUGACCGCAGCGGACCUACACCGAUUAAUGACUCUGCUCGAAAAGCACCCCAGAAGCUGUCUGGUAGCAGAGACGUGGGCUUUUUCGUCGCCGGAAGGAUGAAAGACCGGACCUUGGUCUUCUACAAGAAGCGAGAGAACUUGAACUCCGUGUUCAAGGUCCUGGAACCGGUGUACCAGAAAUCGACGGAGAAGAAACGCGUGGGCAUGUUUAAGCGCGGCAACACGGAGUUCUUCCGGGAGUAUGAUGAGUUCUACAUUCCUACGGAAUGUAGAGGCAUGGAUCUCUUCCACUCGAGUCUGGCUGUGAGCACGUCGAGAGGAUUCGAGGUCCUGACACUGGACAAGAAGCAGCCGUGGAGUGUACCAGAACUCAAGGCGGACCACGUACAGAAUAUCGCGCAGCGCAUCCGAGAGCAAGUAGCUCUCAGCAUGCUGCGGUUGAGCGAGCAAGAAUUCCUGCUCGUGUACGCCAACUGUGCGGUCUACGUCAACAAGCACGGUGACGUCUCGCGAUCGGUGGUGAUGGAGUUCGUGGGCCACGGACAGAACGCGGCAAUAUACGGCCCUUACUUGGUCCUCUUCAACGAGGAUUUUGUUGAGAUCCGCAACGCACAGAACGGGCGAUUGAAACAAAUCAUCGCGGGACGAGAGAUCAAAUGCCUGGACGACGGGACGAAUUGGAGUGCCAAUGGUGGAGCCAUACCGCCUACGAAUGGGAUCGUGAACGGGCCGACGGCGCAGGCUGGGCGGACGUUGAAGUUGGUGAUGCAGCAUCCGGAACAAGAAAAGAAUCAGAUUGUGGUGGAACUGCUGUUGAAUGAGAAUAUGAAGGAGUGA